CAUGGGAGGAGGAGAAGCAAUGGGAGUGGGAGAGGGGAUGCGAGGCCGCGUGACAGGCAGCAGGAGCGUGCCACGGGCCUGCAGGGCCCCAGGUUGCGAGCGAGCGAGGGAGCAAGGGAGCGAACGAACCACAGGGACUGCGUCGAUGCGUCGCUCAUAAGCAACACGAGAAGAUUCGGGUAGCCUCGUCGAUCAGAGGCUGUCAGAGCUUCCCACUCCGUCAAAUCCCCUACCUCUCCCUCCCGAAGCCCUAACACUGGUCACUUGGCAGUUCGCCACCAGCACUCUCGACCCCGGGGCGACGCAAUCCUCUCGCCCGGAGGCUCCGCUAACUUCACAGCUAGCUGGUUGCUGUGGGUGGAUUGGGAUUAGGAUCGUAGGUUGACGUGCGGGGUGCACCAUGGUGACGAUGGAGGAUGUCGCGGGCACACUGGGCAUUGGGGUCCCCGUGCUCUGGUUCCUUGCGUCGUUCGUGGCGUCGAUUCCCGUUAGUUGGCUGUGGCGGUUCGCCCCUGGAGUGGCCGCACGCCACCUCUAUGCGGCUGCCAGUGGUGCCUUUCUCGCGCAUUGCGCGUUUGGGUACGAGGCCAACCUGUAUAUGAUGAUCCCCAUCUGCGUGAGCUAUGGAGCCAUGAUGCUCAAUCGCAGGAUGUGCGGGGUGGUCUCUGCCAUCUUCGCCUUCGGGUUCCUUGUGUAUUGCCACGUAAUGUUCAUGAGUGGCGAUGCUUGGAAAAGCGGCGGCAUCGACCAUACUGGAUCCAUGAUGGUGUUGACGCUGAAGGUCACGUCAGCAGCCUUUAACUACCAGGAUGGGUUGAUCAAGGACGGGGAUUCCCUUCGGGAAGCCCAGAAGAAGUACCGCCUUGAGAAGCCCCCAUCCUUCAUUGCAUACCUUGGUUAUUGCUACAAUUGUGGAUCUAUCUUGGUUGGCCCAGUGUUUGAGUUGAGAGAUUACAUGGACUGGACAGAAGAUAAAGGUCUGUGGGACCCCAAGGCAGAGAAGCGGCCCCCACAGCCUUACGGAGCCACGUUUCUCGUAGUUGUGAAGGCCUUUAUUUGCAUGGGCAUUUACAUGUAUAUCACCGGAACAUUCCCUCUGAGCUUUUUGACUGAACCUGAUUUCAUGAAGUGGGGGUUCUGGCACCGCGUUGGUUACCAGAUCCUGUGCGGUUUCGGUGCGAGAUGGAAAUACUACUUCAUUUGGUCCUUAUCCGAGGCCGCUGUUAUGAUCUCCGGAUUCGGAUUCAGCGGCUGGACCAAAUCCGCAUCCUCAGAUGAGUCGAAGCCACAGUUUUCUAGAGCACAGAAUGUUGAUAUUCUCAACGUAGAGCUGGCUACAAGUGCAGCAGAGAUUCCCAAGUAUUGGAACAUUCAUGUGAGCGUGUGGCUGCGUCAUUAUGUCUAUGAAAGAUUGGUGGUGAAAGGGAGGAGACCCGGUUUCCGGCAGCUCCUCGCCACACAAGUCGUGAGCGCCAUCUGGCAUGGAUUGUACACUGGAUACUUACUCUUCUUCGUCAACAGCGCGCUCAUGAUCGCUGGCGCUCGAGUGUUAUAUAAAUGGCAACAAGCGAUACCCAAGAGUAAUUUCUUGGCAGUGAAGCUUGGUUCUUUUUUCGGUUUCUUCUACACCGUGUUAGUGCUCAACUUGACCGUCAUGGGUUUCCUGGUUUUAUAUUUUGAUGACACCAUUACGGCGUAUAGAACUGUGUACUAUUCGGGCACAUUGCUACCAGUUGCGCUUAUUUUACUGGGAAAAGUCGUCAAACCGCCGAGAUCUGGACAGAAUCCAAGAGUGAAGAAGGAAUCGUAGUGCCUCCUUCUUCACCGCAGUCAUUUGUGUGGAGUAAAGAACCUGCUGUUUCGGCUGUUUAUGAUUUUCAAGCUUUAGAUAUUGAUGAGAAAUUUGCAUCUUUACAGUCUGCAGCUGUAGUUUUGUGGUUUGCCAAUUAGAAUGGUGGAGGUUGGCAGGUGCUGUCCCUAGCUUCUAAUAAUGCAGUCAUUAUUUUUUUUUUUAUAUUUUUGAAUUGCAGGUGAGCCAAAUUGGAGUUGUGCAUGUGUACAUUACAUUCUACAUCAUAUUGCAUGAUUUACUUCGUGGGUCCA